AUUACAAACGGGCACGAGCUGAACUGAAGAAAAGAUCUACAGAUACGCUGAGGUUACAGAAGAAGAUGCGGAAAGGUGCUGGUGGCGACGUACAAAAACGGUUCGAAUGCGGUUUGCAAGACGUCACUGAAAGACGUCAGCUGUUGGAAGAAACCGAAAAGCAUGCCGUAAGAGCAGCUCUUGUUGAAGAACGAGGCAGAUUUUGUACUUUCGUUGGAUUUCUGAAACCGGUGGUGGACGAAGAAGUGGCCAUGCUGACAGAAAUCGGUCACCUCCAAGAAGCCGUCCAGCAGCUGGAGAAGCACUCUUCAGACCCCCAGACUUUACCCCCCGCCUCGGAGCAGGUAAUCGCCGACCUUAAAAGCGCCGACGGCGGUUGGUCCUUCCAGACGCCUCCGUCGUCCCCGUCGAGCCUCGGAUCCAGGAAGUCGUCGAUGUGCUCAAUCAGCUCAAUCAACAGCUCCUCAUCCAGCAGUUCGAAGAGCCACCAUUCGCCGAGUCAUCCGUGGCAGCGAUCUUUGUCGCAGCCUGUAGGUCGUAGUGGUACAAUGCGUGUUAGAUCUGUGUCCAGUCAGGAUUCAGGAUUUACUUCACAAGAUACUCUUUAUCCGAGACCACCUUCUUCAUUCAGUGUUGCUCAGGUAUCCAACAUGUCAGAACACAGCAACAACAGUAGUAGUUCAAGUACACCUUGCACACCAUUUCCUGUGACCUCUGCUCCCACAACAACAGCCACAUGGCCGAAUUUACAGGAGACAAUUCAAUUUGAAAGAGCAGCUUCUGCUAUCAUCAGCGAGAGGCCCCAUACCAUAUCAACAGCUUACGAAAAAGGUCACCAGAGACCUCCUUUGACCGUUUACACAUUCCAAGCUCCUGACCAAAGUAUUUCGCAACCUGCAAGCCCUGUCACUUCGACAACUCCAACAGACACAACAUCGAAUACUCUGUCACCACAAAGUCCAGUGUCAUCCAUUAAAUCUGUAUCGAAACCACCGCUACCUAUGAGGUGUUCAUCUUUGGAACGUCCAAGCGGCCCAAAUAUACCUGCAAAAACUAUUGCUGGCAUGCAGGGUGUUAGGGUGCUGCCUCCCGGCGCUGAACUUUCGGUCAUGAAGAAACCAUCCCCGUUGCCAACACACUUGUCCAAAAAUUCACCACAACCCACUUACGUCAACAUGCACGAACUGGCCAACAUGGCGGCGAAUAAAAUUCAGGAGAAGUCUUUUCCCCCGCCUCCUUCAGAUUUCAUAAGUCCUCCGGAAAAGACUAACGAAGGUGAGAAAGAAAGUAGCACCAGCGAGAGUUCUCUAGAAUCAUCGAGUGGCUACGGAAGUCAGACGACUUUCACUACCGAAGACGUACAGCAUUUGGAAGAUAUUAAUGGUACAGCAAGCAAGUAUUGCACGCUCCCCCGCAACAACGAACUUCUUGAGGCCGUCAGAAGAAGACCUCUCUCGAUGACAGCUAUGGGUUCUGCAACAAUGCGCAAUACUCUAUUGAGACGCAGUUCCGUUCAGACACAAAAACCACCGCCGCCGAUACGAAGAACAUCUUCUAUCACCAACACAUCGUCUUCCAUGGGGAGUCUAGAACAUCUUCCACCACCACCUGCUUUUUUGCUGGAACCUGUUACUCAGUCUAAACCACAACCGUCGCCAGGAAUAAACGUAGCAGAAACCGUCAAAGCUCUCACUGAACUAAAACACACGCCGGCCAGCCCAAACUCCAUUCGAAGAAUGUCUUCCUCUUCUCAAAAUCUGUACCAGAACGUGCAGCCACACCCUCAACCUCAGAACACAGGGUUCAGUACAUUCCAAAGCCAAGCCAAAGUGGCAUAUGUAUCGCAGUCAGGGGGAGUGGUGUAUGCCCAGCCUUCCCAAGUUUUAGGAGGUAGUCCGAACGCUUUGAGACGAUUCAACAAUUUCAGAUCGCAGAGCGCUGACCGGAAGUCUGUAGGUCCAGGAGGUGUGGGUUCAAACUUUAUAGCGUCGCUCAGCGCCAAAUUGGCUCCCCAGCUCAGCCCGAGAACUUCGAGGAGACAUUCCGAGGACCAAAGCGGUGUCAAUGCUCCCAUGAAUAAGUAUGCGCAGCAAAAAAUUGGUCCAGGUCAAAGUUUUCUGGAUUCGUUGAAUGCCAAACUUUCCCAUCAAAAUAUCGGUAAUUCGCAAACUACCCAACUGAAAGCAAACAAAAUCCGGCAGAUUAUCAAUAGCAGAGCGCAGCCUGAUCCCAAAGUGUGCCACGAGUCUCUGAUGGAUCAGAUCAAACGUGGAGCAACGUUGAAACGAGCUAAAGCCACCAAUGACAGAUCAGCUCCGAAAAUCUACUGAAUCAAACAACGCAGGACGCAGAAUAUCUAGGAGUCAACAUAUUUAUUGGGAAUCUAUGUAACUACAGUAGUUAUAUUCAUUUUCAUUGAUGAUGAACGACAAAUAUUUCCUUUAUUUUAUUUUUAUAGAUGCUUUUAUGAGUAUUAUAACUUAUAUGGACAAAGAGAGAUGAAGUUUAUUCCAUGGUCCGUCUACUUGACUGCGGUUGAUCUGUAAAGCUUUUGCCUCUUUAUAGUUUUUCAGGGUUUAGUGAGCAUAUUUUUGAAUAAUAUAUACAGUGUCCCAUUUGUGAAAAAGUAUUCGAAAAGACAGGGAUUUUCUUCAUAUUUCUUGAAGAAAUAAUAAUAGAUUUCCAGUAUUUUGUAAUGUCAUUUGCUUGUUUCAUAAAUGGUUUACAAAAGGUGCACAAAAAUUAUUUAUGAUUUGAUGCAAUCAUUAAUCUAAAUAAUUGGAGGAUUGGUGAUGAGGUGAUUAUUGUUUUGAGAUUUUCCCAGAAAAAGUGAAAUGAGCUUGAAGUUGUGAAAAUCAAAUCAAGUUAAUACAAAUUGAAAUCUGUCAAGUAAUCAGAAUAAAACGUUUUUAGAAAUGGAUUUCAUCCAGGUUUUGAUGCCAAAAACAAUUCAGUCUCUAUAAGACCAAGAGGGACUUCCUCUCCGAUCGCGACAAAGACAGUUGUACCGAUAACGACCGUCCUUAAAUAUGUCACGUGGAUGUCGUGGUUAGAGUGGGGUCCAAAAAUGAAGUUGGGUUUGAAUAAGUAUUGCAGUGAAAUAAGUAUUUUAAGGACCAGUAACCAGGCUGGAUGUCGACGUAUUUGACGAGGUCUUCAGUUCGAUAAAAAAUGUGGUUUUCAAAAUUGUUACGGAAGUUGAACUCGAAUAAAUAUUGAUAAACUCAAAAAAAUAUCGAAGUGCAAGAAGAAUUGUGACGACUGGCGGCCCCAUACGCCAGUAACCAGGCUGUGUGCUGAUGGAUUCGACUAAGUCAACUGUUUGAUAAUAGAUUUUUUUUUCCAAAGGACUUCCUAGAAGGAGGCAAACAGACUCAAUUGGUUUUUAUGAAUGAAACUCGUUAAUAACUGGCCGGAUAGCCUUAGUUGCUGAGGCCAAUAAAUGAAGAAGAAUAUCGGGAGAUAUUAAAAAAAAAUCUCAAUGAAUAAAUAAAUCAAUAAAUAAAUGUAAAAAAUAAAUGUAAAUCAAUAAAUAUUGAUAAACUCAAAAAAAUAUCGAAGUGAAAGAAGAAUUGUGACGACUGGCGGCCCCAUACGCCAGUAACCAGGCUGUGUGCUGAUGGAUUCGACUAAGUCAACUGUUUGAUAAUAGAUUUUUUUUUCCAAAGGACUUCCUAGAAGGAGGCAAACAGACUCAAUUGGUUUUUAUGAAUGAAACUCGUUAAUAACUGGCCGGAUAGCCUUAGUUGCUGAGGCCAAUAAAUGAAGAAGAAUAUCGGGAGAUAUUAAAAAAAAAUCUCAAUGAAUAAAUAAAUCAAUAAAUAAAUGUAAAAAAUAAAUGUAAAUCAAUAAAUAUUGAUAAACUCAAAAAAAUAUCGAAGUGAAAGAAGAAUUGUGACGACUGGCGGCCCCAUACGCCAGUAACCAGGCUGUAUGCUGAUGGAUUCGACUGAGUCAACUGUUUGAUAAUAGAUUUUUUUUUCAAAGGACUACCUAGAAGGAGGCAAUCAGGCUCAAUUGGUUUUUAUGAAUGAAACUCGUUAAUAACUGGCCGGAUAGCCUUAGUUGCUGAGGCCAAUAAAUGAAGAAGAAUAUCGGAAGAUAUUCCAAAAAAAUCUCA